UGACCACUCGUGACGACGUAGCCGUGGAUAGUGCUUUUAUGCAACACGGUAUAAAGAUAACAACAGCAUUGACAUCUAAGAAGGUGUGACAGUAUAUCCGAUCCAACCGUCUUCCCCCGAGGAGACCAGUACCUUUCCGUUACGCAGUCCGCCAUCUUGGAGAGAAGGGAAGGGAACAUCUCAUUUUUUUUACUCGUUUUAAAACAUCAAGAGCGGCGACAGCGGACAAGAAAAGAGAAACUAUGAUUAUAAGGUGGUCGGUCCUUCUUCUAGCACUGCUGUGCGGUGUUCUAGCAGAGACAAGACAAGAUGGGAGGACCUGGGAGGAUGAUGUUGACAAGAUUGGUACCAAAAAGCUGGACGACUCAACUGAAGAAGAUGACAGUGAUAAGUACUGGAAAGAGACCAAGUCAAGCGAGGAGGAUGAUAAAGCAUUGAGUGAUGAUGACUGGCUGAGGAGCCAGCUAGACCAGCAGAGGUGGGAACAGCAGGCCAGCGGGCGCGCAGCACAGCGCCUGGCACAAGAUGUCUGGCAGCCUCUCACAUUCGACCGCCCUCCAAAACCUUUGGACUUGUUUCCAAAACAACAGAGCAAUUCUAAUAAUGGAAACAAGCACAAGCCAUGGCUAGAGAUUGAAGAUGGGCAAAUCUUCCACGGGCUCAUCAACGAGAACGACAUGAGCAUGGUGGAGCUGCACCCCAAACUGAAGGCUUCAGAUAAGGACUCUGGAGAUGCUGGUAAGAUCUGCCAGUUUAGGAUCACGCAGCAGGACGUGCCCUUCGAUGCAUUCGUGCUGAACCCCAACACCGGCGAGGGGUACAUCCGUGCCCGCAAGGAGCUGAACUGUGAGGACAAGAAGGAGUACACCUUCACCAUCCAGGCGUUGGACUGUGGUGUCCCUGAGAAGGGCAUCCAGCAGAAGAAGUCCCACAAGGCUACUGUCCGCAUCCAGGUGAACGAUGUGAACGAACACGGCCCAGAGUUCACGGCCAGCGGGUACGAGGCCACCGUGAUGGAAGGGAAGAUGUACGACAACAUCCUGAAGGUGGAGGCCGAGGACCGCGACUGCUCGCCCGGCUUCAGCCAGAUCUGCAGCUACGAGAUUGUCACUCCCAACGUGCCCUUCCAGAUCUCUGAGGAUGGCAUCAUCAGCAACACCGAGCCCCUGCAGUACGUUGACGGCCACAACUACAUCCUGACGGUCACCGCCUACGACUGCGGCCAGAGGCGCGCCGACCUGGACGUCCUGGUGACCAUCACGGUCAAGGAGCAGUGCCACCCCGGCUGGAAGGACUUCCAGAAGCGUAUCGAGUACGAGCCGUUCAGCGGCACCAAGGCGCUCCUGCCCAAGGUGUACCUGGAGACGUGUGGGGAGGAGGUGUCUGACAUCACCACCACCUUCACCCUGGAGACCAGCCACAUCGGCAAGGGCUGCGACCGUGACACCUACUCCUCCAGCUCUCUACUCAAGCUCUGUGGUGCAUCCCAGGGUAGCAUUGACCUCCUCCCUGCCCCCGGCCUGGGGAGCGAGUGGACACAGAACCUGCCCACGGACGAGGGGCACGAGGGAGACCAGGUCUUCUCCUUCGACGGGCGCCAGACCGGCGUAGAGAUCCCCGAGGGCGUGGUUCCCAAGAACCUGACCAACCAGUUCACCAUCGCUACCUGGAUGAAGCACCGUGAGACCUUUGGAGGAGACAAGGAGACAAUCCUCUGCAAGUCUGACAAGAAAGAGCUGAACCGCCACCACUACUCCCUGUAUGUGCACAACUGCAAGCUGAUGUUCCUGCUGCGUCACGAUGGCGGUGAUCUGGAGACCUUCCGCCCUGCAGAAUUCCACUGGAAGAUCCCACAGGUUUGUGACAAGCAGUGGCAUCACUACGCCAUCACUGUGGACUUCCCAGAAGUCAACCUGUACGUGGACGGCAUCCCGUACAGCCCCUUCCUGGUCACCGAUGACUGGCCACUCCAUCCCAGCAAGUUUGACACCCGCCUGACUCUUGGUGCAUGCUGGCAGGGUGGUGACCAAGAGAUGUCUCAGUACUUCCGUGGCGAGCUGGCUGGCUUGCUUAUCCACCCCGGGAAGACGGAGACCCGCCGCGUCAUCAGCUGUCUCCACAACUGCAACGAGAGCCUGGAGUUCCACUCCUUUGACGAGACCGGCCCUGGUUCGGAGAGUAAGAGGACGAAGCGGGAGGAAAAGAGGGAUAGUCUUUCCCCUGUCCACUUCAACCCUGAUCAGACACAGCUCUUCCUGAGGGGCGAGUUUACCCCCAAGAACCCCGACAACGAGGCGUACACGCUGGAUAAGUACACCAAGGUGCUGCAGAAGGUUGCGUACCAGAACGGGCGCCAGUUCCCCACCCCCGGCAUGCGCGCUCUGAAGAUCCACACCGAAGUCAACUGCUUUGACGACGAGACUUGCAUCGAGGUUCCCGACGUGGACGCCUACGUCAUGGUUCUCCACCCCGAGGAGCCGACCAUCAACCUGAGCGGCACGGACCACCUGGCGCGGCGCGUGGCGGAGCUGGACCAGGGCGUGGCGCCCUUCCGUGACCUGCGCAUCGUCAGCACCAUCGUGAGGGAUGUGGAGGAGGAGGAGGAGGAGGAACUGCAGGAGGGUGGCACCACCGAGGUGACCCCCAUCAGCCAUAACCUGGAUGCGUGCCAGAUCACCGUGGACCCUCCCCUGGAGUCUGGUAAGGAGGAACUGACUGUGCCCAAGGAAGACCUGGCUCGUCUGCGCCUGGAGAAGUCUGCUGCUACCAAUGGUCUAGUCAUCAAGGGUGUUGACACCAUCGCAAACUACGAGGACAUCCUGCGCAAGGUUGUCUACCGCAACUCCAAGGCCGGGGACUACUUCGACCGCGUGCUGAAGCUGAAGUGCUCAGAGAUGAACGGCCGCUAUGAGAGCAACGAGUAUGCUGUUGAACUGAAGGUCCUGCACACCCUGAACGUUGCCAACCCUGAGAGCCAUGUGAAGGUGGCUGCAGCUGUAGCCCAGAACGUGCCCGCCCAGUUCAUCCACUCCAAGGGUGUCCAGGAGGCAGCCGUGCCCCACCAGGUGCCGCAGGUGGUCGCCAGCUCCCAGUCUGCCAAUGUUGUCACCUCCCUGGUGAUCGUGAUCUGCGUGGGCUUCCUCAUCUUCAUGAUUGUGCUGGGCGUGUACCGCAUCCGCGCCGCCAACCGGCGCAACAUGGACUCGGAGUGGGACCAGGCGGGCGAGCCGCGCAUGGAGUGGGACUCCUCCGAUCUCACCAUCACUGUCAACCCAAUGGAUGUUGAGUAUGAGGGCGCUGAGAGCGACUCCUCUGACGAUGAUGAUGACAGUGCGCAUGAUGACUCCGACAGCUCAGAUGAUGAUGAUGAGCCCCCAAGAGAGGUGCUGGGCUAUGGGCAGGAGCUAGAGUGGGACAGCACUGCAAUGGUGGCGUGAACCAACCUUGCCACAUGAUUCACAUGAAAUCCUACAAUCAUACCUAGAUGAGAUGCAACAGAUACAAGACAGUGUUUCUCAUGAAAACAACAUUUUCAUGCCCGUGGUUUCUGUGCCAUGGACAUGAACUUGUUCUUAACAAAGACAACACCAAAAUGCAUCUUGGCUUUGGUAGUGUAAAAAGAUUUUGAUACAUGACCAAAAAUGUAAAAAGGGGAAGUCAGACAGACAGUUUGGGAAACAUGCCGAGAAACACAGUCGAGUAUUUGUCUGAACUACUGUUCUCUUUCAUGAUCACGAAUUAUUGAUUGAAUUAAUGAGAAAUGAUGAAUUAUCCAAUGGCAGGGCCGUGAUUCACAGCUGGAGUGGGAUAACUCAACACUGAGCUUCUAAGAGACCAACAGCUGGCUGAGCUGUCCGGAGAGAGAGAAGGAGAGACAGCGGGAGGGAGAAGACUUAGUAUGAAGAAGUGACGAUUUCUGAUCGGAAGAAUCUGUGUAUAAAUUACCGUACAUAAUGACAUGCCCAAGACCAUCUCCUGAUGACUGAAAAAUUCACAAAGAUGCACUCGCGCUGACUUUGCAUGAUCACUGGCACGCCUUCUACAAGACUUAAAACUUGAAUGGUGGCAGAUUGAUGGAUGUUUUACUGAUGUUUGUAACAAAAAAUUUACUUAAGUCAUCUAGAAGUGAUGCCCUUGUGUAAUGUAUACUUAAAGACCAAGUGAUGUAAGAUGUAUGAAAGCAAUAGUUGGCUAAGCAGUGUACUUUAAGACCGUAAGACUAAGGUAGCCCCCGUGACACUACGAUCCUCGAAAGACAUAUCUAUUUUGAUGUGAGUGGUGUGACUAUUAGCUUUAUGAUCAUAAUGAUAGCUUUGCAUGAUGUAAAUGAUGAAAUCAUGAUAACAGGAAAAUCUAGAUUGUGCAGUGGGAGGGGGGCAUUUUAAGACAAAGGGUGUUACUUCAAGUAGAUGAUAUCUGUAUAAGGAGAUGUUCCUGGGCAUAUUUCUAUAGAGAAAAUAGGGUGUACAUGUAUACAAAUCAGGAUUGGGUAUAAGAUUAUUAACGUAACUACAGCUAAGUUUGUCCGUAGUCAAUAUUGGAUGUAUUAUGUGAUGAAAAAAAAUGAUGCUCAUUCCUAACUUAAUCGUAUAUGCAUAUGGAACUGGUGUGAAGCUUAAGAAUACAUAUCUGCGCAGUUGUAUGAAGACGAACAAAAUACUGAAUGUGUAGCUAGUUGCAACACUGUAGAGUUUUGUAAUCCACCUUUUAGGGAUCGGGAUAUAGGGUUGCACUUGCUGAAUUGAUUUUAUUGCGUUUUAAUAUUAGUGUGAGUGGAAGCAUGUUGUGCUGUCUUUAAACAAGGGUUAUAAGGUUGUUGUGAUUGUAUCAGUUUUGUUCCAAUUUUUUUUGUAUUCCUGUCUGCUUUGCCUCCUCAUCAAAUUAUUUGUCCUGCACUGUUUUGAUAAGAAAAAGAGAGGGAUGUAUAAUUUGUCAUACCAUAGAAAAAUACUGUUGGAAAGAUGCAAAAGGUUAAGAUACAACAAGAUACAAGACUUAACGUCUCCUGAACAUUCCUGUAUAUGUAGAAGCACUUAAGGAACAGCUGAACGUAUUCCCUGUGUAAAUCUCUUCACAUUUCUCCAGGCUUUCAUCUUGGCAGGAUAACAUCUAAAUGUACUUAUACUUACCUACCCUUUCAGGUUUGUAAGAAUCUGGACUGUGUUGUACUGUCAAUAAACUGUUUGGCUUUCCCCACAA